GCCGUUAGCCACAAGCAGAGCCACAACCGUGAAAGUGGCGGAGGCGGACAUUGUUGUGCGGACCUUUCCAGCCCGGCGGUGAGCGCAAAUCCUGCAAUGAAGCUGGCUAUUUUUUACAGUUUGUUUUUACACGCCUGGUCGUGAGAAUCCACUGCUUUCUCCACCCCGCCCGCCCCCCCCUUACGGACCUGGGGGAGUUCAUUGAGCCGAGGCGAGCGGAGGACAAUCGGUAAAAAAAAAAAAAAAAACACAUCAUCACAGCCUAGUGGAUUAAAAAAAGACGGACUGAGGGAUGUUUGGUUUAUUGCAAGCUGCUCUUUUCUAAAGACGUUUUGAAAAAAAAAAAAAAAAAGGCACAAUCCCCGUGGAGGCCUGGAGAAAGAAGGUUGCAUUUUGGGCAUGCAUUGGAGGAGCAUCCCGGGUUGUAGAUCUUCUUCUAUCCGAGUGUGAUGUUAGCACCCGGAUGACGGUGUUGAGCUCCUGAACCGCCUUUCCGUCCUCAGGAACCCCCCCGAGCCCUUCCAAGAGAAGAUGAGCACCGAAAGUGAGCUCCCCAACCGGGAGCUGUCGAAGAUGUCCGACCAGGACCUGUUGGCGUGCACCAAAGAGGAGCUCCUGAGCCGCCUGCGCAAGGAGGAGUCGGAGAAGAUCUCGGCCCUCAUCCAGCGCGGGCGGCUCAUCAAGGAGGUGAACAAGCAGCUGCAGGGCCACCUCCUGGAGAUCCGGGAGCUGAAAGUCAUCAACCAGCGUCUGCAGGAGGAGAACGUGGAGCUGAGGGACCUGUGCUGCUUCCUGGACGACGACCGGCUGAAGGUGAAGAAGCUGUCGCGGGAGUGGCAGCUGUUCGGCCACCACGCCGCCAAGGUGAUGCGCGAGGACCUGGGCGGCUACCUGAAGAAGCUGGCCGAGCUGGAGCGCCUGCAGGACGGCCUGGUGAAGGAGAACCUGGACCUGAAGGAGCUGUGCCUGGUGCUGGAGGAGGAGUGCGUCAGCCGGGGCGACUCCAGCCCCGGCGGCUCCACCGAGCUGGCCCUGCCCUGCAUGGUGGCCCGGGACCUGGGGGACGGGAGCUCCAGCACGGGCAGCGUGGGAAGUCCGGACCAGCUCCACCUGGUGUGCUCGCCCGACGACUGACGGCGGUCCCCGCGGGGGAAGGGGCUUAAACUCGCACGCCGAGGGCUAGACGGCUUUGUCAUUUCCAAUCGAGCCUUUUUGAACGCUGACAUUUCAUAGAUGUUUGCCACUUCUAGGGCAAUUUUACAGUUUUUUCUAACGACUUCAAUUCUCCUUUUUCAGUGGUUUGUUGUUGAAAGAAAAGUGGGUGACCUGAAAUAUUUCAUGCACUGGACGAGCCUACACUGGUAGAAAAAAGCCUUUUCUUCUCUUGCACUGGACGCUGAUCUUCAAAUCCAAGAUGGAUUUCAAUCCGUUUUUUUCGAGCCAUAUUCAGUCCGUGGAAUCCCGAUGGCACUGAAAUAAGACGGUCUUUGUUAUCCAAGGUCCCGACAAUGUGUAAUAUUUUCUGCCUCAGGAUAGGACAUGCAUGGCGGUCCUUUUGUCAACCCUUCAGGUUUACAGCAGGUACCAGCUUGCGCCAAGACCCGAUAACAGAUGUCUUUGGACCUCACUCAGAACUGACGGUUUGACACUUUUUAGAAAACCAACAACUGGAAGGUAUUUGUAUCAAACUGGAUGGUUUUUAUUCACUUCUAUUCAUUUUUACUUUGUUGCUAUUGACGUUCCCUAAGUUGUUGACGUUCCCUAAGUCGGGCUGCGUUCACGCUGGUCCUGUUUUGCUGCUAUGGUCCAAUUGCAAGGAAAUUCUGGUGCGGUUCACGUGAGCUCAAAUGUGGACCAAAGUCUCUAAAGCUUAAAACUGUUAGAAAAAAGCUAUGAUUUAUUUUGUUUUGCUUCGUUUAGUCCAGGGGUCCUCAAACCUUUUGACUCGGGUGCCGGAUUGGGUUAAAAAAAAAUGUGGCUAAGUAGCGUAGCGCACGUUGUGUAAACAAUGCACAGCGAGGCACAACACACGGCAAGCUAGCAGCGACCCGGCUUCGAUAAACUGACCAUACCUCCUCUUUUCAGCGGGUAUGUCCUCCUUUGCGGGGCUGUCCGGGUGGUGUUUCUUUAAUGCCGCAAAUGUCCGGCAUUUAAAGUUAGGGUUGCGUGUGUUGACAAUGUAUGGACAGGGUUAAGACGGGGUUAAGAACAAAACAAAUUGUGCUGCAGCAGGAUUCGGGAGGGAGGGGCAGGGACAGAGAGAGUGAGACAGUUAUGAUAAACGCGCAUGUGUCGCCAGGUUCUGCUUUUUAUCCAUAGAUUUAUCAGAUUUUAUUUUUUAUUAUCUACAGCAGGGGUGUCAAAAGUGUGCCCCGAAGGCCAUUUGCGGCCCACAGCUAAUGUUUUAAAGGCCCACGGCACAUUCUAAAAAUACUAUUAAAAUAAACAAAAACAUAACAAAAAUGAAAUAAAAAAGUUAAAUGUAAUUUACGAAAAGUUGCAAUGUUGACUAAUAAAACAAAGCUGUUUUUUUUUUCUUUCAAACUGUCAUUGCUCAAAACAUAAUAUUGAAUCAAAAUCAAUGUUGUUAUGAAUUAUUGACCUAUCCAAGGUUCCCAUUACUUCACAUCAAAUAUUCCACUUAGAAAUACAUUUUUGGUGGAAGAUUUUGAAAAUUUGGUAAAUAAAUAACCCAAAAAUUGAUAUUUUGUUGUUUUUUUACUGUACCGAAAAUGAACCGAACCGUGACUUCUGAACCGAGGUAUGUACCGAACCGAAAUUUUUGUGCACCGUCCUAAUAGAUAUAUAUAUACACACACACACACACAGCCCAUAUAUACAUAUAUUUGUAUAUAUGUGUAUAUAUACAUUUGUAUAUGUGUAUGUAUGUAUAUAUAUAUAUAUAUAUAUAUAUAUAUAUUUGUAUUUAUGUAUAUAUACAUAUGUAUGUAUGUAUAUAUAUAUGUGUGUAUAUAUAUAUAUAUGUAUGUAUAUAUGUGUUGGCCCUGCGAUAUUGUGGCAAUUUGUCCAGGGUGUACCCCGCCUUCCGCCCGAUUGUAGCUGAGAUAGGCAUCUAAUCAAUCAAAAACCAGCGCUCCCUACGACCUGGAAAGAGUAUAAAGGGUAGAAAAUGAAUGGAUGGAUGGAUGGAUAUACUGUAUAUAUGUGUGUAUAGUAUAUAUGUGUGUGUAUAUAUACAUACAUGUAUGUAUAUAUACAUAUAUAUAUUUUAUCGAAAUAUUCAAUUCAAUGUUUAAAUUAUCAAAUGUUAAUGUAAGACAACACCGCUCUUUAGAAAUAUUUUUACACGCUUUUGGGGAAAUAUAUGCCAUUAAAGUGACAUCAUUCCUAGUCACCCCACAAAUUCAAUUCAAUUAAGUAUUAAGUAUUUCUUCAAAAGUAGCUUUUAGAGGCUUUUUGGUGAACAUUCGCAGAAAAAUAUAGCGGAAUGGUAAAAUGUAACUCACGUAUUUAAUUCCAUAUAUGAAUGAUUGAACGGGAGACAACACUGCUCUUUAGAAAUAUAUUUUGUAAAUUUUUGGGGAAAAUAACUGGCAAAAAUAGCAGAAUUCGAAAAAAUGACACAUAUUCAAUCCAAUAUUCAAGCAUUCCAAUGGGAACGUGUGAGAAAACUCCACUCUUCAAAAUAGUAUUUUAGAAGCUCUUAGGGGAAUACAAAGAUCUGAAUACAAACAUGACCUAAGUAGUGUUGUACGGUAUAGUGUAGUAUAGUACCGCGAUUCUAAUUAAUCAUAUUCGGUACUAUCCAUCCAUCCAUCCAUUUUCUACCGCUUAUUCCCUUGUGGGGUCGCUGGCGCCUAUCUCAGCUACAAUCGGGCGGAAGGCGGGGUACACCCUGGACAAGUCGCCACCUCAUCGCAGGGCCAACACAGAUAGACAGACAACAUUCACACUCACAUUCACACACUAGGGCCAAUUUAGUGUUGCCAAUCAACCUAUCCCCAGGUGCAUGUCUUUGGAAGUGGGAGGAAGCCGGAGUACCCGGAGGGAACCCACGCAUUCACGGGGAGAACAUGCAAAGUCCACACAGAAAGAUCCCGAGCCUGGAUUUGAACCCAGGACUGCAGGAGCUUCGUAUUGUGAGGCAGACGCACUAACCCCUCUGCCACCGUGAAGCCCUAUAUUCGGUACUAUACCCCCUCUAAAAAGUACAGAGGAGGUACUUUGAGGACUUUGAAUGUGACCAAUGUAUGAUCCUGUAACUACUUGGUAUCGCAUCGAUACCUAAAUGUGUGGUAUCAUCCAAAACUAAUGUAAAGUAUCAAAAAAGAGAAGAAUAAGUGAUUAUUACAUUUUAACAGAAGUGUCGAAAAAGGAAAAUAAGCAGAUAAUAACAGUAGAUGAACAAGUAGAUUAAUAAUCAAUAUUUACAGCUUGUGUACAAAAUAAUAGGUAGAUAAAUGACAAUAUUUUACUGCAUACGUCAGCAGACUGAUUACGAGUCUUUGUUUGUUUACUUACUACUAAAAGACAAACAGUCUGGUAUGUUCACUAUUUUAUUUAAAUGUGACCGAGUUUGCACACGGGGUUACACACUCCCUUGAACAACCAGCAGAGGGCACUGCAGCCAGAGCGGUCUGGGUCACAGACAUGGUCAGACACUGGCGAGCCAAUCAGGGGCACACUAGGGAGGGUCAUAUAGAUCACUGGUCCCCAACCUUUUUGUAUCUGCGACCAGUCAACGCUUAAUAAUUUGUCCCGCGGCCCGGGGGGGGGGGUGUCCUUUUUUUUCUUUUUUUUUUUUCUUUGUCAUAAAAAAGGGACGUUUUUGUCAUGAAAAAGGGAGGUUUUGUGGUUUUUACACUAAUUGAAAGUGUAUAUUUGGUUUUUUAUGUUGAUUUAAUGGGAAAAAAAAAACAUUUUUUAUAAAAAAAUUAUUCUGCGGCCCGGUACCAAUCGGGCCGCGGCCCGCUACCGGGCUGCGGCCCGGUGGUUGGGGACCACUGAUAUAGAUCACUGGUCCCCAACCACCGGGCUCGAUUGGUACCGGGCCGCAGAAUAAUUUUUUAUUCAUUUUUUAUUUUUUCAUUAAAUCAACAUAAAAAAACACAGGAUACACUUACAAUUAGUGCACUAACCCCAAAAAAACUCCCUUUUUCAUGACAAAAAAAAAAAAGAAUCCCCCCCAAGUUGUGGACUACUGAUAUAGAUGGAUUAAAUGAAUGGAUAAGUAAUAACUAGUAUUGAUAACUGUUUCAGGUGUGUGAUGCUAAAAAAAUAUCGAUGUAAUCAUAGUAGUAUUGACUAGAUACGCUCCCGGGGACGGCGUGGUGCGGUUAGGUGAGUGGCCGUGCCAGCAACCUGAGAUUUCCUGGUUUGAUCCCCACCUUCAACCAAUCUGGUCAUAUCUGUUAUGUCCUUGGGAAAGACACUUCACCCUUGCUCCUGAUGGGUCAUGGUUAGGGCCAUCAGUGUGGAAAUAGUGUCAAAGUGCUUUGAGUACCUUGAAGGUAGAAAAGCGCUAUACAAGUAUAACCCAUUUAGCAUUUAUUUAAGGACUAAAUUGCAAUAGUAAACAUAUAUUUAAUGAACGCUAAGAAUUUUUUGUUAAAAUGAAACAAAAAAUGCAUUUUUUUUACCACUAGACCUACGUUCAGUCGCGCAGCCUUUGGUCCCAGGACAGAAAUAAACCAGCGUAGUGAACCGCACCAACAUGUGCACCGUGUAGUUUAAAAAAAAUAAACAAAUAAAAUGUUGGGGUGCAGAACCAGGAGUGUGAACGCAGCCCAGGUUGUUUUUCUUCACUGUAUGCUUUGUAUUUAAGCUGUAACAUUAAGGAUGGUUUGACCUUUGACCCUACUUGGUUUCUAUGUAAGGACUGGCAUUAAGAAGUAACCUUUGAGUUGACAUCAGGAGAGGAUCUAGCAGGCUGUAGUGUGUGAAUAAACACAACAGUGCGAUGACACACUU